AACCUAUAUUAAAGAAGGUGUGGCUAGGAUUAGAAAUAGAACAGCCCCCAGAAAGCAUAUGCUCUUCAUCCUGGAACUGCAACAUCAGGGACCAGAAGCAUCCAAGUGUGUGUAACUCUCCAUCUUCAAGUUUCUCACACAGUUUUGUGGUUUCAAGCCCUGCACCUUCCAGAAAACCCCUCUUCAGUCUGUUUUUACACAGUGCCCCUGGAUAAGAUGAAAGAUCUAAGCCUAGAGGGCUCCAUGACACGCUGUGAAACAGAUGAAGUGGGUGGAGUUCUCCUUCCAAAAAGAGUGUGUGACAGGUGGGAUCAAAUUUGGAACUUCAGAGCCAAACCUGAUGAUCUGCUCAUCGCAACCUAUGCAAAAGCAGGUACAACAUGGAUACAGGAGAUUGUGGAUAUGAUCCAACAUGAUGGAGACAUUGAGAAAUGCAAACGUGCCACCACUUACCUGCGACACCCUUUCAUUGAGUGGGUUCUGCCUGGACCUUUCAGCUCUGAUACAAAUGGCCUGGAACUAGCUGAAGCGAUGCCCUCCCCACGAACACUGAAAACUCAUCUCCCUGUACAACUGGUGCCUCCAUCCUUUUGGGAGCAAGAGUGUAAGAUAAUCUAUGUGGCAAGAAAUGCCAAAGACAACCUGGUGUCCUACUACCAUUUUCACAGAAUGAAUAAAAAUAUGCCUGAGCCAGGAACCUGGGAGGAGUUUUUGGAGAAAUUCAUGGCUGGACAAGUGCUUUGGGGUUGCUGGUAUGAUCAUGUAAAAGGAUGGUGGGAUGCAAAAGAAAACCACUGUAUUCUCUACCUCUUCUAUGAAGACCUAAAGGAGGAUCCAAAGCGUGAAAUCCAAAAGGUGUUACAGUUCCUGGAGAAGGACUUGGAGAAUGAAGUUCUUGAUAAAAUCAUCCACCACACAACAUUUGAGAUAAUGAAGGACAACCCCAUGGCAAACUACACUUUUCAACCUCCUGCAGUAAUGGACCACUCGAUCUCACCAUUCAUGAGAAAAGGGACUGUUGGAGAUUGGAAGAACCAUUUCACAAUGGCACAGAAUGAGAAAUUUGAUGACGAUUAUAGGAAGAAGAUGUCUAGAACCUCUCUGACCUUCCGCAUGGAGCUCUGAGAAGGGGUCAUAGGGAUUAUUCUCUAUAAUCUACUAGCACUUUCCCUAUAAAAACCUCACAAAAUAACUGUGCAUCUAAAAUUACAAUGCCCCAGUUUUCCACACCACUGAUUUUACAGGGCUGAGCAUCCCCUUUCUCUGUGUAAACCUAAUUUUGAGACAAACUUCUUACUUAAACUAGAGUCAAGCAGUAAUGUACUGUAGAGACUUUGCAGGAAUCCCUCAAAAUCCCACCCCCAAAUUGAAGAGGUGGCUGGGGUGAUUUCCCUGAUGAAAUUUAUCCCUUCAUCUCUAACUUUUAUUCCUGGUGUUCAUAAAAUUCUUCUGAAGAGCAGGCCUGUAGGGUCUUGUUCAUUUACUUUUUUUUUUACUUUUUGUAAAACUUUAGAUGGUAAUAUCCAGUAUUUUUAAAACCAUUCCCAGCAGCAAGUAAAAACCCUGAGCUAGAAGGCACUAUUGAAGUGCAACAUGCUGUUAUUGUUUGUAUGUUUUCAAUAUGCUGGGAAAACUGUAAUCCAUCCACACACUCCAUUAGUGCGGUAAGUAAGUACUAUUAGCUACACUUUGCAGAUGAUGAAAUGGUGUCAUGCAAGAAUUUGAAGUUACUUAUUCCCCUUCUCCCUCCAUACAUACUGCAUGCUAUAUAAGAUCUAGCCCUAAAUGACUUGCAUGGGUGGCAGUUUGGUCUAACAAAUUAGUCUAUGGGACUAUGAAUCGGAAAGCUAUACUCGUUCCACCUCUAGGACUGACCUGCCCUCCAGGCCUCAAACAAACCAGUUUGCCACUAAAGCUAGGCACCUAAAUCCAUACUUUGAAGACUUCAAAGAAUGGAUUUAGGUGCCUAGCUGAAGUCAGUCAGAUACUGGGAUGCCUCAGCACCUUUGAAAAUCAGACUGCUUAGCUAGGUGCCAACUAUAGAGUUAGACCUGGAUCUUCAAAGGUAUUUAGGCUCAUAACUUCCACUAAUUUUUUAACAGAAGCUAAAGGCCUGAUACCUUUUGAGAUGGGGGCCUGAUGUGCUGAACUUUAGACAUCCAUGUUUGAAAAUGUUGUCAUUAAACAUAACCUUUCUGAGCCUCAAUUUCUUAUUAUUUCUUAUGUACAAAAUGGGGAUAUUGAAAUGUACCCCUCAAAGUGGUUGUGAAGCAUGAUUUGUGUUGUAAAAGCACUUUGAGAGCCUUAAAUGAAAGGUAUUAUGUAACUGCAAAGUAAUAUGAAGACCAUAUGGUAGGGAACAGAUGGGAGUAGAACGCGAGAGCAAUUUUAUUCCCAAUUCUCGCCUCACUUCACAAGACUACACUGCCUCUGGUACUUCUAUGGGGUAGGGGGUGCAAAGCAUACAUUUGUGGGUGCAAAAUGAAUUGUGUGAGUGAACAAGAGAGCACAUGGACACAAGGUGUACAGGUUUCACAAAGUCACUCACAUCCUUUUCAAAGACUUGUCAUUUGUGAGGAACCUCCUAAAUUCUACCAGGGCAUGAGAACACUCUGAUGUUUCUAUUUCAGAGGCAAAUAAUGCCAAAACUAGCACUUCAGCUUCUGCCUUAUAGAGUCCUGUGGAGCAGAUCUGAUAAAGAACGUUAGAAUUAUAUAAAUAUGAAGUUUCUAGGCCAAGCCAUUUUUGAGAGAUGACAAAAAGAAUCUUCAGAACUUAAUGUAUGUCCACUUUGCAGCUGGGAGCGAGGCCUGCAGCCUACCUAGACAGACUCGCUCUAGUACACUAGAAGUAGCUGUGUGGACAUUGCAGCACCAGAAAAGGCUCAAACUAGUCACAAAGCUUGAGCUCUGCGUGCUAGCCCAAGACUCUACUGGUGCUACACCAUCCACACAGCUAUUUUUAGCAUGCUGGUGCAAGUCUAUCUACCUGGGCUGGGAGGCUUGUUCCCAGCUGCAGUGUCGACAUAGAUGUAGGUACUUCUAUGACCCCCAUUACCAUAGUAUGUGAGCACCUCCCAGUCUUCAAUGUAUUUUCACAACAGCAGGGUGAGAUAGGGCAGUACGAUCCCCUCCGUUUUAUGGGUGGAGGUCUGAGGCACGGAGACUUGUUUAAGUUACACAGUCUGUCCAUGGCAGAGUAGGGAAUUAAACUCCAGUCUCCCAAGUCCCAGACUAGUGCCCAUAUCACUGAACCAUCCUUUGUCUCUGUAAACUCUAUGUAAACUUAAUUUGCACCAAUUUUUUUCAGAGCAUCACAUCUCAGAAAUAACAGGAGUACUUGUGGCAAAUGUGUUAGUCUCUAAGGUGCCACAAGUACUCCUGUUCUUUUUGCGGAUACAGACUAACACGGCUGCUAUUCUGAAACAUCUCAGAAACAGAAUGCUUGAACCACCUCCAGUUUAGUCAACAGCCUUUUCCUCUGGCUAACCGCACAUUCAACAUUUUAAACAAAAAGACCAUUUCUGAAGAGUUGAGAGAAGCCCAAAGUAAGUUUACAAGUGAAAGCUGAUUACACCCUUAACUAUAGAAAGACUCCAGAACAUGGAGCACAUAUUUAUCAGCUCAUUGCCUCUAGAGAGUAAGAUUAUCAACCUGGUUGUCUAAUUUUAGGUAGUAUGUUGUGUUAGAUUCCCACUGAGUAAAAUAAACUAACACAGAGAGGAAUAAAUGAAGCUGCACAGGCGUUGCUACUGGUAAUAAAGAGCCAAAGGUGAUAACAUGAAGGUAUCAAGCGGAGUGCCACAAGGGUCGGUCCUGGGGCUAGUUUUGUUUAAUAUCUUCAUUAAUGAUCUGGAGGAUGGCGUGGACUGCACCCUCAGCAAGUUUGCAGAUGACACUAAACUGAGAGGAGCUUUAGAUAUGCUGGAGGGUAGGGAUAGGAUACAGAGGGACCUAGACAAAUUAGAGGAUUGGGCCAAAAGAAAUCUGAUGAGGUUAAACAAGGACAAGUGCAGAGUCCUGCACUUAGGACAGAAGAAUCCCAUGCACCACUACAGACUAGGGACCGAAUGGCUAGGCAGCAGUUCUGCAGAAAAGGACCUAGGGGUUACAGUGAAUGAGAAGCUGGAUAUGAGUCAACAGUGUUGCCACUACAACAAAUCAAAUCCACCUUGCCUUGUCUGUGAAGAAGAGAAUCCUGAUUUCCUGGUGUCCACUGUCCCAGAGGGUCUCCCCGCCAGCGACAAAAUCCAGCUGUCAUCUGGACUCCCCAGUGUUCCUCCUCAAAGGCUUCCAAUUAGCUGGAGAGUGGAAGGUCCUGGGCUUUGCACCUGUACGCUGUGUCCAUUGCACUUAAGAGUAGGAAAGGUUUCUGUGCUGGGGUUUUCUUUAUUGUUUUCUGAAUACUAAGGGAGGUUUUGUGGGCCUGAGCUUCAAGCUCCUAAAGCCAGUCACUGUAUCAUAGAAUCAUAGAAUAUCAGGGUUGGAAGGGACCUCAGGAGGUCAUCUAGUCCAACCCCCUGCUCAAAGCAGGACCAAUUCCCAACUAACUAAAUCAUCCCAGCCAGGGCUUUGCCAAGCCUGACCUUAAAAACCUCUAAGGAAGGAGAUUCCACCACCUCCCUAGGUAACCUAUUUCAUUGUUUGUAUUAAUGUUUGCACUUUUCUUCACACACACACCCCUUAUCCCAGUUUCUGUACUGUUACCCUUAAUACACACACGUUUGUUUGCACCAUAUUACAUUAUCUCCUCUUUAUUUUUAUUACAUUAUACAGGGAGGGAGGGAUACUUUAUUUGGGGAGCUAAAUCCACUGGUGACAGACACGGAAGGGAGCCAAGUCUACGCUUCUGAGAAAAGGGGCUUUCCUUUUCUAUCUUCCCCCUCUCAUUUCUCAAGUAUUUCCUUUGGAAGCAUUGCCUUACUCCCCUCGAGGUAACAACUUAAAGCUAGUUGCUGGUAUAGUACUACUACCGAUACAGUAGCCAUUUUUUC